GAGCAGGAGCUGCUGCUGUCUGGGGAAGGCCAAGCCAUGGCUGGGGCCGUGCCCAGGCUGGAAUGGCAGGACAGGCCAGUGCGGCACCGAACGUGGGCCAGGAAGUUUUCCACGCACGAGGGGAGGCUCGGGACGCUUUGGCUACCUCGCAAGCUGGAACUUGCUAAGGGCGAGGAGCCGCCUGAGACAUCAGCCGGAGAAGGAAGUUCAAGGCAGGCAGCCGCCCGGGGGAGGCAGGGAACCAAUCAGCGAACCUGGGCAAGGCUGAACAAGGACCAAGUUUUUGACCCCACCCUCUGAGCUCACCUCUUAUAUCGGAUGUCACCUGCUUUUGCUUUUCACUCAACCCCAGGGAGAGGCAGGAAGCCACAGUGCAGAGCAGCAACGAGUGGGGCUUGUCCCUACAUCCGAGAGAAACACUGGGUAGCUAAAGAACGUAAGUGCUCAGCCUCCGGCUUGUCCCACCGCACCCCAGGACAUUAUCGGCACGACUUUACCCUGGAAAGGUUUGCUGGCAACGCUGGUGUCGGUACAUCAGGUGAAAGUGUGUGGGAAAUCGCCCCCCUUCUGACAGAUCUGUGCCAGCCAAAUUCCCAGUAUGGACGCGGCUCUAGCAGCAAACGUUUCAGGCUGUCCGGGUACAAGAACUCGUUGGCUGGGAGAAGCCGCGUCCCCACCGGCAGGCUUUGCCAGUGCAGCCCUUCUGUGCAGAGAAGGCUUUAGCCGCAGUGCUGUGAUUCGUGGCUGAAGAUCCUUUUCAUGGCAUGCAGGGGGCCGGACUGUCCGUCAUCACCUUGCAGAGCGAGGCUGGUGGAACAGAAGCUAGAGGAGAGGCAGGGAAGGUCCUGGAGGAGAGUCAGGUCCAUCCAUGGCUAUUAGCCAACAUGGUCAGCGAUACGACCCCCUGCUUGGAGCCACCCUGGACUUCUGACAGCAGACGCCAGGAGGGGAAGGCGGGGACCAUGGCCAUGGAGGGGCCCGUGUGCCUGGUGGGGAACGGCGCCGACGGGCAGCUGGAAGUGAUGGAGGAGGCGCUGGGGAUCCUGCGCGGCGUGGCCCAGCCCGUGGUGGUGGCGGCCAUCGUGGGGCUGUACCGCACCGGCAAGUCUUAUCUCAUGAACUCCUUGGCUGGGAAGCAAAGAGGGUUCUCGCUGGGCUCCACGGUGCAGUCGCACACCAAGGGCAUCUGGAUGUGGUGCCUGCCCCACCCGCGCCGGGCUGGCCACACCCUGGUGCUGCUGGACACCGAGGGGCUGGGCGACGUGGAGAAAGGCGACACCAAGAACGACGUGUGGAUCUUCGCACUGGCCGUGCUGCUCAGCAGCACCCUGGUCUACAACAGCAAAGGGACCAUCGACCAGUACGCCAUGGAGCAGCUGCACUUCGUGUCGGAGCUGACGGAGCACAUCAAGGUGAAGGCGCAGAGAGGGGACGACGCGGAGGAGGACACCGAGUUCGUCCGCUUCUUCCCCAGCUUCGUGUGGGCCGUGCGGGAUUUCACGCUGGAGCUGAGGAUCGAGGGGCAGCUGGUGACGGAGGAUCAGUACCUGGAGCACGCGCUGGCCCUUAGGAAAGGCAACAGCAAGAAGGUGAUGGACUACAACCUGCCACGGCAGUGCAUCCGCAGCUUCUUCCCCACCCGCAAGUGCUUCGUGUUUGUCCAGCCAGCAUCGCGGCAGGAGAUGGGCCAGCUGGAUUCGCUGCCCACCAGCGCCCUGGACCCGCAGUUCCUGGAGCAGAUCCGCCGGUUCUGUGACUACAUCUUCCAGUGCUCGAACGUCAAGACGGUCAAAGGAGGGGUUCUGGUCAACAGGCAAAGGUUCGGCGCCUUAGUCCGGAGCUACGUGGACACCAUCCGCAGCGGGCAGGUGCCCUGCCUGGACAACGCGGUGACCGUCAUGGCCGCCAUCGAGAACGAGGCGGCCCUCAGGGAAGCCCUGGCUCACUACGCGGCCGGGAUGGCGGGGCUGCGGCUGCUGGCGGAGCUGGGUGAGCUUUCGGCAGCGCACGGGACGUGUGAGGAGGAUGCCCUGCGGCUUUUCAUGCAGCGCUCCUUCAAGGAUGAGGAGCAGGGCUUCCAGAAGCGGCUGGUGGCCGGGAUCACGGAGCGAUACGCAAACAUCCUAGCAGAAAACAAGGCCGUUUCAGAGCAGACCUGCCGUGUCCUGCUGGAGGAGCUCUCGGCCGCCAUGCAGCAGAAACUCAGCGCCGGGCUUUACUCCCAGCCCGGGGGGUUCCAGGCCUACGACAGGGAUCAGAACCAGGUGGUGGAGAAUUAUGGGGCCAAGCCCAACAAAGGGGUCAAGGCGGAGGAGGCUCUGGAGCAGUUCCUGGCCAGUAAGAAGGCGGAGGCGGAGGCCGUGCUGAAGGCCGACAACCUGCUGACCGAGGCGGAGAAGCAUGUGGCUGAGGAGAAGCAGAAGGCAGAGCUGCUGGAGCAGCAGCGGAAGGCGGCGGAGGAGAAGCAGCUGCAGAUGGAGCAGCUGAUGAAGGACCAGGAGCGCAGCCACCAGGAGAACGUGAAGCAGCUGGAGGCCAAGGUGGCGGAGGAGCUGGCCAGUGCCCGGCAGGAGGCAGAGCGGGCGCUGCAGAGCAAGCUGAAGGAGCAGGAGGCCAUGCUGCAGAAGGGCUUCGCGGAGAAAGCCAGGCUGAUGGAGGAUGAGAUCUCAGGCCUCCGGCAGGAAAUCAGCUCCGCCAAGAGGACUGAAACUCUGUCAGGCCUUUUGGGCACCAUCAGGGAGGGGCUGAGAGCUGUCGCCAACGUGUCAGGUUAUCUGAGAUCCAGGCGCCAGCGGGGGAAGGGGACGAGUAAGCCAAGUAAAACCCCGAGACUAAAGUAGCCAGGCCCCUGUGGGGUCCCCCCCAGCGGCAAGUCCCACAAACGCUGCUUCUCUGCACAAUUGAAAGCUUCUGCUGACUAAUUCCUGUGAUCUGCCACAUCCCACAGCUACUAACACAGGGCCCGGAGCUGUCUGCAAAAGGAAAUCACAGGGCACCUGGAUUUUGUCCCCAGCUCUAGGAGGGGAGCAGGGUCUAGUGGUCAGAGCAGGUGGGCUGGGAGCCAGGAUGCCUGGGUUCUGUCCCCAUCUCCUGCACUGUAAUUCUGUGUAACGUUGUGCUGGUCACAUCACUGUUCCGUGCCUCAGUUUCCCCUCUGUGAAAUGGGGAUCUUCCCUCUGGGUGCAGGGGAUGAAGAGUUGUUUGUCUGUUAGGUGCUGAGCGGAUGGUGCUCUCUACAGCAGUG